UCUCUCUUUUCCCUCCAAAAUCUAAUCUAGGGUUUCAAUUCCCCAUUUACUUGAAUUCGGUUCUUGUGAAUUCGCCGAUGGGUUACUUCCUGCUACUGGGAUUUAGUUGAUUAUGUUCCGCAUUUGUUAGCUUAAAUUGCCGUCAUCACUGAUUGCUUUUACGAAUUUUUUGUUGAUUUUUUUUUCUAUUUUUGAGUCGGGAUCUUGCAGUUUUACUUAUUAUAAAUCAAUGCUCAUGAUCGAAAUUGUUUUUUUUAGCUUCUCAGCAUCCUGUUUAUUCCUCUUUGCUGUGCCUUGAGUUUAGUUACAGAGUCCUGAGGUUCAAUUUUUUUUAUCUUAAUUGCUUUCACGUCUGAUUUCUCUGCAAAAUUUUGUGAUUUUUCGCAUUCUUUUCUACGGGAAUCAUGCAAUCUUACUUAUUCAAUUCAAUGUUGAUGGUAAAAACUUGUUUCUUUUUCACUUGGGAGGUGAAUUUUACCUUAGAUUAACUGAGAAUAGACAUGUAUGUGCAUGGAAAAUUGACACAUAAAUCACAACCAAUAAAAAAUAAAUAAUUAAAAUACAUGGACUUGGUUAUGUUUGGUUGACUGUAAAUCACUGUUAUUAUGUUAUACUUUGGAUAUGAAUCUAUUAGUUAAGAAGCUCAACCAAAUGUUUAUUACUCAUUUUGUAGGGAGCUUUAUUGAUAUUUAAUGAUUAACGCUGCAUAAGUAAAUGGAGACUUUACCGGUCAAUCAUCUAUAUCAGCUAAUUAGUUUUUAGGUAUAAGUUUCUUCCUCAAAAUGAGGAUUAAACGCCAGCUUGCUGGAAUAGGUUGAUUACUAAUUUCAGGGCUUGUCACCCUUUUCUGGAGAAAAUGCAUAAGAUUUGUGAUGGUAAUUGGGAUUGGGAUGCUGUUGAUCCGUGUAAAUUUAGGAUGGAGGGGGCAGAAGGAUAAAUUUCUUGGUAAUGAAAAGGUGGAAGUUAAGGUGGUAAAGUUAGACAUUGAAAUGCUAAAAAUCAACGACAAGCAGUAUUGUUAUUCCCGUAUUGGUUAUGAUUGCCACACAAGAUUAGUAGAUAUGGUUACAUUUGAUCUUCAACUGGCUUUCUAUGUUGUGAAAGAGAAGACUUUGCUAUAGUUUUGAUGGCCAAUGAUUAGGCAUCAAGCAGGGUUUGACAUUUGGAUGGCAGAUGACUGUAAGUUAUUUCCAUCAAGUUUUUGUUAUGUUCAAGUUUGAUGAAAAGGACCUAACAUGAUGAUGAUAGUGAUAAAGACAAAUUUGAUAGGCUUAAAAUCCUGGUGCUAUCUUCAGUUCACUUGAGCUGUCGAGGAGCGCUUAUGAUAUUGAAAUACUCUCCUUUUAAGAAAUCAUGAAUACUAGCCUCGGUUGAUGUCAACAACUGAUGGAGCCAUCUCAUGACAUCAAUAAUAUUGUGUUUGAGAUGGUUGACUAUGGCACGUCAAAAAUCACCCAGUUACAUUUGAAGCAGUAGCAUUAAAAAUGAUUAUAACAAGAUUCACAUCUUAUGGUAUUCUCCAGUGCUACCUGAUGCUAAUCUUAUCUGCUAUUAUGUUUUUGCAGUCACAGGAUAUAGUAGAUAAUUCUGCGAUGGAAGAGAAACUAGAUGAGGAAAAUGAAUCUAUUGCGAUGAAGAAUGAUGUUCGCAUGGAUGAAUGCUCAAGUGAGGACGGGCUGAAUCCACCCAUAGAAGAUGACGGGGUAUCACAGAGCGUCCCAGUUGAUUCCAUCAGUGAAGAACUAGUUAAUGAUGAUAGAGACGUGAGUGCAGUGGAGGGCAGUGAUAAUGGGGAUGUUCAAAAAGGUAAGGUUGAGCUCGAGAAUGAUGUGAAACAAAACGUAGGUGAUGGUAGAACACCUCAGACAGGGAUGAUCUUCAAAUCCUAUGAAGAAGUUGUCAACUUCUAUAAACGAUAUGCACUGCGAAUAGGGUUUGGUGUGGCUGUGAAGAAAUCAUCUUUUAAUACAUAUGGCCUAUGUAGAAGGUUGGUACUUGUUUGUACAAGAGGUGGCAAAGGCCGAGCUAAUGAAUGCUACCAGUCGAGACCAACAGCAAAGACAGACUGCCCUGCAACAGUUGUAGCAAAGUUAUGGGGUGACGGUUUACUGCAUUUGAUGGAAGUAAAUCUUGAGCACAACCAUCCAGUUAGUCCGUCAGCAGCUAGGUUCUUGAAAUGUUAUAAAAGGCUACCUGGUGGAAUGACAAAAGAUCUUGUUGUCCGAGCUCGGAGACAUGAAAACUUAUCAACGGAUGAUAAAGAAAUUUUAAAUUAUGUUGAAGGAGGGCGUCUCAAGCUUGGGGAAGGAGAUGCAGAAGCCAUCUUUCAGUUUUUUGCACAGAUGCAGGCCAAGAAUCCAAAUUUCUUUUACCUAUUGGAUCUGGAUGUUGAAGGUCAUUUGAAGAAUGUAUUUUGGGCUGAUGCCAGAUCUAGGGCAGCAUAUAAGUUCUUUAACGAUGUAAUAUCAUUUGAUACUUCCUGUAUAAAAGAUAAAUAUGGUAUGCCGCUUGCUUUAUUCUUUGGAGUAAACCAUCAUGGUCAGCUGGUCUUGUUGGGUUGUGGCUUGCUUUGUGAAGAAUCAACUGAGAAUUAUUCAUGGAUCCUGAAGACAUGGUUGACAUGUAUGCUAGGUAGUCAUCCAAAUGCCAUAAUUACCAAUGAAUGUAAAACUAUUCAAGGUAUUAAUGAGAUUUUUCCAAGAUCUAGACAUCGUAUAUGUCUAUGGCAUGUGAUGAAAGAUAUUCAGGAGAAAUCAAGCGGACUUGCAGAAGGGUCGGAAGUCAUAAAGGCACUUGAGACACUAAUAUUUGACUCUUCCACAGUUGAUGAGUUCGAAGAAGAGUGGGGAAAGCUGAUAAAUGGUUAUGGACUUGAAGGUAAUGAAUGGUUUAAUUCUCUAUAUGACAUUCGGCAUCUAUGGGUCCCUGUUUUUUUGAAAAACACAUUUUGGGGAGGAAUGUCCGUUUCCCAACAUAAUGACUCCCUAGCUUCAUUCUUUGAAGAGAUUGUCUGUCCAGAAACCUCUGUUAAGGAUUUUCUUAGUAGAUAUGAAAUGAUAUUACAAACUAAGUAUGAAAUGGAGGCAAAAGCAGAUUUUGACUCACUUCACAAGAGCCGAUUUACUGUGUCAAAGUUUCCUAUGGAAGAGCAGGUAUCCAAAUUGUAUACUCUUAACAUGUUCAGUAGGUUUCAGGAUGAGCUGAAGGCUACUGUAUACAGUCAUGUUGCUCCUAUCAAGAUAGAUGGUUCUGUCUCUGUCUUUAAAGUAAGAGAACAUGCCUACAUAGAAAACGGAGAAAAUAUUGAGGCUAAGGGUCAUGAAGUUGUAUAUAACAUUGAUGGAUUCCAGAUUCAAUGCGACUGUAACUUUUUCCAUUUUAAAGGCAUAUUAUGUAGGCAUGCCUUAUCUGUGUUUAAGCUCAAUCAAGUGUAUGAAGUGCCGUCACAAUACAUUCUUGAUCGUUGGAGGAGAGACUUCAAACAGUUGCAUAUCUUGGCUCAUAGAGCAAAAGAUGUCUUAGGUAAUACUAUACUAGAGCGCUACGAUAAUCUCUCCCUUCGGUAUCUUCAGCUUGUUGAGAUUGGUGCCAUGUCUGAUGAGAAGUUCCAAUUAGCAUUGAGAUUAAUAAAGGAAAUGGAGAUGUCCCUUCUUGAUGAUAAUACAUUCCGAGAUCUCAAAAGUAGGCUACUAGUACCUGAUAGGUCCAAUGGAAGUGAUGAGUUAACUCAAAUGGGCUUCUUUGAGGGUAGCAGGACCCCUUCUGUACCAGCAAAGCGCAGAGGCCGGCCACCCAAAAAACUGAAAGAAUCCAACAUAGAAACCCUAUCAACUUCGGUCAAUAAUAAGGAUACUUCUACAUCAUUGUUGGUUGGGAGCCAAAACGAUACACUUCAAACUGUAUCAACUAUUUCACAGCUUGGUUCUCAUAUAAGGAUGCCUGGAGGCGUUGAUUUGAUGGAAGAAGUAAAUCCAAAUGAAUUAUCCUUUGGCAACCAGUUUGGAGUACAUCCUAAUCCCCAACAUCAUGUUGGUAACCAAUCAGUGAUUCAGCCUAGCAAUACAAUACAGUUUGGCCAACAGCCUGUUGGAAAUCAGUCAAGGAUGCAAUGGUUCUACCAAGAGAUGCUACAGGAAGAUCAGACACCUUAUGUAAGAAGGCCUGGGUAGGUGCAAUACAGAUCUCUAGCGGCAGAAGUGAAUACUCAUGUCAGGUGAAAUUUGGAGCCGAGAUGGAAGAUAUCCAAGCAUCUUCAUCACAAACCAUCAGUGAGAUACUUUUAGCAGGAACUUCCAUGUGUAUUGAAGUGAAAUUCGGUGAAAAGUUCGGUUGAAUUUCAAAAGUUUGCCGCCAUCCAUUAUUGAGAUUAUUGGUGAACGCUAACAUAAGCGAAUCUUUGCUUCUAGCUGUUGAUGAAUUUAUUUCCGUUUGAAAAGCUUGGUGAUAAA